AUGCCAAAAACUCGCGUUCGUGUAGUAGAGGGCUCAUGCUGGCCCUGCAAGAAACGCAGAAUCAAAUGCGAUCUCGCAAAACCAACUUGUUCGCGCUGCGCCAAAGUAGGCGCUGCAUGCGAUUAUAACGAACGCCUCAUUCGCUGGAGUACACGACCUGCUGUCACUGUACCGGCGAUAUAUCAGGUUACUACCCGCGAUGAACAACUCGCUGCGUCACUGGCAGUGUAUGAGAAACGCUCGUUGGAUUACUUUCAUGGACGGUUCUGGCCUUUGUUGACGACUGCCUCGAAGCCUUGUGCGCCGCCGACUUUUGUCGCGCUGCAGCAUCGCGUUGUGUUGCUUGCGACGUGUGUUCUUGCUGAUUCGCAUCGGUGGUUGCAGGAUGGACGGAAUAGUCGGAGUAUUUUGAACGUUAAGAGGAUGGAGUGUUUGGCUGCGCUGAGAGAAGAGGUCGAUGGAUGCUGCUCGAAAGAAGACGGGCCUCUGCAGAUAUUGCUAUUUGCGGUGCUGUUGCUCUACUUUCAUGAUGGGUUUCUGGAAUGUGCGCAAUCAUCGGCAUCAACGUCAAGUCACAGAGAUGGAGUCUUGGCCAUCAUCAAUCAACUCGGCGGCAUGACCGCUGUGCUUGGCACAGGCCAAGAUCCACUCCACAUGAUGCUAUCGGAAUUUGCGACGACAGAUCUUACAAGCGCCAUGCUCACGGGAAAACCGCCUUCGUUCCCACCGGCUAUUUGGGAGGUCGUUGACCGAGGACCUGUCUGGUGGGGACGAGAUACACAGGGUUAUUGCUCGCUAUCGACCGUCUUUCAGCAAAUUUCGAGUAUGGCGCUAUAUCUUGAUGCCACGACACGGAUGAUUGAAGACUUUUCGAUCGAGAGGAUACGAAUCUUUGAAGCAGCUCUGAGACCGACGUAUGCUUCAUUAGCGAUUGAGGAUUUGACGUCGCCUCGUUCAUCACCCGUUGAUACACCGUCAACGGAAUGCGACACCGAAUCAGCACAAGCAUUUAGCCUUGUUAGGAUUUUCCAGCACGCCGCACUGAUUUAUCUAUACCGAGCUGUGUGCGGUCUACCAGCAAAUCAUGCUCUCGUCCAACAACAUACCCAAUCGUGCCUCGACUGCAUCUUCAGCAUUCAAAAACCGUCCAAAAUCCUCAACUGUGCGGUACUGCCCAUCUGCAUUGCAGGAGCGCACUCACAAUGCCCUAAGCAACAGCGUCUUGUGCGAGGUCUUGCGGGAUUUAUUUAUGAUGAGAUACGAUUUGCUUCAGUCCAUUCUGUCAUUGCGGUUUUGGAGGAUAUUUGGAAACGAGCGCCGGAGGAGGAUAUGACGUGGAAUCAGAUGUUUGCGAACUUGAAUCCUCAGGCUAUUAUUCUCUGA